GUGACAGGAAGUCGCCGUGUCGCUCGUCCCCGGGGCCAGCGAGGCGGGGCCGGUCGCGGUCGCUGUUCGGAGACUCGGGGAGCCACGCUGGCUGCUAAUGGAAGCGAGGACGCGCGCGAUGACAGGAUGUCCCCCGAGCGCUCAGACGCCGGGAGCUCCGGUGACAUAAAUGUUGUAGCUCUUGUUGAAAAUGAACAAGGCAGUGAAAGUGUUGAUAAUGGUGAUCUUGCGGCCUACGUGACUGCAUUCAUAGAGAAGGAAGUUGGAAAUGACCUUCAGUCUUUAAAGAAACUUGAUAAACUCAUAGAACAGAUGACAAAAAAUAAAAUGCAGUUAGAAGAACAGGUACUUACAAUUUCAUCAGAGAUCCCUAAAAGAAUUCAGAGUGCCUUAGAAAAUGCAAAGGAAUCAAAGCAAUUGCUUAAUCAGUUUCUCGAGCAAGAAAACCAUCUCUCGCAGUCCAUCAGCAGUCACCUGCUGACCUCACAGCCCUGGAUGGACGGCCUCGGAGCCAUGAUUAACCAGAUUGAAGAGAUUGAGCGGCAUCUUGCUUACCUUAAAUGGAUUUCACAAAUUGAAGAACUAAGUGAUAAUAUUCAGCAAUACCUGAUGACCAAUAAUGUACCAGAGGCGGCCUCUACUCUGGUGUCUAUGGCGGAACUUGACAUCAAGCUUAAGAAAUCAUCCUGUUCUCAUCUCCUUAGUUUCAUGAGAGCCACCAUUAAAUUCUGGCAUAAAAUUCUCAAGGACAAGCUUACGAGUGAUUUUGAAGAGGUUUUAGCACAGCUGCAUUGGCCAUUCGUCACACCGCCCCAGUCUCAAGCUGGCGGCUCGAGUCGCCCUGCCAGUGCCCCUGAGACAUACAGCAACCUGGAGACGCUCUUCUGCCAGCUUCUGAAACUACAAACCUCAGAUGAAUUACUCGCAGAGCCGAAACAGCUCCCGGAGAAGUACGCCCUUCCUGCCUGCCCUGCUGUCAUCCUGCCCAUCCAGAUCAUGCUGACGCCCCUUCAGAAGAGGUUCAGGUAUCACUUCAAAGGCAACCGGCAGACUAAUGUCAUGAGCAAGCCUGAAUGGUACUUGGCUCAGAUCCUUCUGUGGAUUGGAAACCAUGCUGAGUUUCUGGAUGAAAAGAUUCAGCCAAUAUUAGACAAAGCGGGCUGUUCAGUAAAUGCAAGGCUCGAGUUUUCCCGGGGUCUGCUGCUGCUGGUUCUGGAGAAGUUAGCUGCUGACAUCCCUUGUCUGCUCUAUGAUGACAGUCUCUUCUGCCAUUUGGUGGAUGAAGUCCUCCUGUUUGAGCGGGAGCUGCACAGUGUCCAUGGCUAUCCUGGCACCUUCGCCAGCUGUCUGCAUAUUCUGUCAGAGGAGACCUGUUUUCAGAGGUGGCUGACUGUGGAGAGAAAAUUUGCUCUUCAAAAAAUGGACACCAUGCUUUCUUCAGAGGCUGCGUGGGUAUCCCAGUAUAAGGAUAUUACUGAUGUGGAUGAAAUGAAAGUUCCAGACUGUGCGGAAACAUUUAUGACUCUUCUCUUGGUUAUAACUGACAGGUAUAAGAAUCUCCCCAUGGCUUCCCGGAAGCUGGAGUUCCUGGAGCUACAGAAGGACUUGGUCGAUGACUUCAGGAUACGACUGACGCAGGUGAUGAAGGAGGAAAGCAGAGCUCCCCUGGGCUUCCGGUACUGUGCCAUCCUGAACGCCGUGAGCUACAUCUCAGCAGUCCUGGCGGACUGGGCUGACAACGUGUUCUUUCUACAGCUGCAGCAGGCAGCACUGGAAGUCUUGGCGGAGAGUAAUUCUCUCAGUAAGUUGCAGCUGGGACAGCUCGCGUCUAUGGAGAGCUCCGUUUUUGAUGACAUGAUUAACCUCUUGGAGCGUCUGAAGCAUGACAUGUUGACUCGCCAAGUAGACCACGUUUUUAGAGAAGUGAAAGAAGCCGCGAAACUGUACAAAAAAGAAAGGUGGCUGUCCUUGCCCUCUCAGGCCGAGCAGGCAGUCAUGUCCCUGUCCAGUUCCGCCUGCCCGCUCUUGCUUACUCUGAGAGACCGUUUACUUCAGCUGGAGCAGCAGCUCUGCUUCUCCUUAUUCAAAAUCUUUUGGCAAAUGCUCGUAGAGAAGCUGGAUGUAUACAUCUACCAAGAAAUCAUCCUUGCUAAUCACUUCAACGAGGGAGGUGCAGCCCAGCUACAGUUUGAUAUGACCCGGAAUCUCUUCCCACUGUUUUCUCACUAUUGCAAGAGACCAGAAAAUUAUUUUAAACAGGUCAAAGAGGCCUGUAUUGUUUUGAAUUUGAGCAUUGGUUCCGCACUGCUCCUCAAAGACGUGCUGCAGUCAGCCUCCAGUCAGCUGCCCGCCACCGCCGCCCUCAAUGAACUUGGCAUCUACAAACUGGCUCAACAAGAUGUGGAGAUUUUACUUAACUUGAGGACAAACUGGCCCAACACUGGGAAAUGAUGUGUCUUCAGAAAAAAACUAAUAACAACGUUUUUUUAAACAAAGAGGAAGUCUGUUGGCCUUUUAAUUGUAUGAUGAAAUUCUAAAUUAAUGAAACUGGGCAAAUGAAAGUUUUAGAAUCAUUUAUUAUUAUCCUGGAUUUAGGGCAUUAUUAAAAUGAUGACCAUAUUUUCUCAGUCCUCUUGUUCCUAAGAAA